AACCACGCUGCUCCUAACAAGUGAACGUUUUCAGGACGCAAGGUCACGGUGAAAUGCCAGUAGGUUGUUAUUUAAAUCCUGCUGGGAUACAGAUCUCAAAAAGCCAAACAGAGUAAGUGAUUUAUGAUAGAUACGGCCGCAUGAAUGAAUUCAGCCACGUGGCAGCCCCUGCUUGACAGCAGCAGUUUUUCAGAUGUAAAGAGCAUUUCUGCUUCCUCAGCCCAGCCCCGAGACGCCCACUGUGCCGGAGAGAGACUUCCCUUCCUCCUCAUCCUAGAAAUGGGGUCCACCAGCUUGAGGAGCGGUUAUCCAGGCAGGAAAGGACCAUGGCUCUUCUCCUCAACCAGGCUUCCCAGGUCAAGGACGACCUGGUCUCCUACCUCCGAGGACCUCAAGGGGACCAGCGAGAGGAGCUGGCUGCCCAGCAGCUGCUGCAAAACUAUGUACAGGCUGUUGUGGGUGCAGUUAAGCAGCUCCGCCAGGAUGUUCAGGUUUUGGAAACGCAAAUAAGAACAAGGGAUAACGCCACAAUAGAAGCUAACUUUGCUGUUCAAAGUCUGGACCGUAAAUGCAUCCAAGGUUUUGGAGACCUACGUGGAAGAGUGGCAAGAUGUGAAGCAAGCAUUGCAAAAUUAGCUGGAGACAUCCAUAGUAUCAGGCUCGAGGCCCACAAGACUGAUAAAGAGAUUUAUGGCGUUCGCUCUGCCCUUGAGAAGUCCGUUAGCGAUUUUGAGAAGAAGGUCAUGCAGCUAUUAGGGAAGAUAGAGACUUCCAACUCUGAUCAAAGCUCAAACUUAAAGACAGUCCAGGGAGAUCAACAUCACGAAUUGCGACUUCUGGAUUUCAAGUUGACAAGUGUUCUAAGGGACUUCAGAGAUCAAAUGCAGAGCCAACGGAAGUGGAUGGAGAUGCAGCUGACAAGGUCUGAGCAAGACCAAGCCUACCAGAGGAAUCAGCUGCUUCAUUCAGUGGAGGAGAGACUGGAAACAGCAGAAAAAAGACUGGAAGACAAGCACCUACUUCUGUCACUGAAGCUAGAAAGAACAGACAAACCACAGAUGUAUGAAAAGCAGUUGAAGCAGAUGAAGAAUGAGGAAAAAACUUUGCACGCAAGAAUCACUAGAUUUGAAAGACAGAUCUGGAAUGAGCUGGAGGAAAUCCAGAAUGAAUAUAGAUCAGGAUUUCAAUCCAUUCGUGAGUCUCUGGAGUUGCUCAAACAAAUACAGAACACAAAACUGAAGCUUGAAAAAAAGAAAAUUCAGAAAGACAUGGCAAACAUAUGAUGCAACGGAACUCCCAGACGUCCCCACCGCAAGAGCAAGGCCUUUACCAGCAUUUGCAGGUGUGAGAAGCGACCAUGCUUUAAAGAACAACAGAAAGAAAAAGGUUUCGGAAACAAUUGCUUUUGCGCUUCCCUAUCCCUGUAGGAUGUUAUCACUACAUAUCAUGUUGUGCAGCCACAAGUGUAAUGGUUCUGCAACACCAAAGAUCUUUUCAUGUCAAUUUUACAACAUAAAAUAGUCCAGUGUAGAGGAAAAAAAAAAGCUUAAGGAUUGAUUUAAAAUUUGACAAGCAAAUUUCAUACAAAGGUAUUCACGU